CUGGAUGCUCAGAAUCCCUCAGAUCAUAUCGCUCUCUAUUUUCUAGGUCAAAAUUUAUAUAUUUUCCUAUUUAAGAGCAGAUGUAAAUUAUUUAAAUGAAAAAAAGGGUUUUCAGUUUUUUCACUACAGAUAAACUUGAGGGGUAUCGGGCAAUUUUCACUCUAAUGGCAAUAAUGGCAUGAGCUGUAUAAAACCGGGCCGGGUAGGAUUUCCCUCUCCCUCGCUUUGCUCCGUAUUUUCCCUCCUCCAAUCUCCGUUCGCAGAAAAAGCUCCUGUCACCUUCUCCGUCUGGCGUCUGCUGCCACCACCGUUCGAUCGGAGCCAGCGUCUCAGCAGCGGCGUUUGCUGUCACUGAUAAUUUUAUCCUCAUAUUUAUGCUUGAGAGUUGUGUUCAUGGAUACUGAGGUUGACUGCAAUCUGUUAAGUAAUGGGCAAAACUUAUCACAGCACCGUGCCCUUGAAAAUUUGGACCUUGUCUACAGUCUUAAAAUGGAUAAGCAGAUUACAGACGAGUUGCUGAAAUUGCCUUCAAAACCAACUGCUUUCAUAAUCCCUGCAACUCCUGAUUCCAAGCAGGGGGUUGAGGAAUGCGCGAAUGGUUUUGCAUCUUCCACUUCUUGUCUUCCAAGGGCUCUUUGCUUCACUAGUUCUCAAAGUGACAUCAUAUCCUCGAAUGGUCACAGUCCACGCACCCCCAAAGACAAUGUGUUUGAUCCUUUUGCUCCUGGGCCAGACCAUCUUCUUCUAGCUCCCCUUGGUAAGAAACAUGGUGCAGAUUCACGAUCCAGUGUUGCCCGUAUGCUAAAGUUUGAAGAAUCCGCAGGGUAUAAGAAUGACUCAAUCAGUGUUGAUUCUAUGCCUGAUGAAGUAAUGCUUGAAACAUUAUACAGAAUGCUCUUGGAGGUUAUUCUUUCAAAACAUAGGGAAGAGGUUCUUGCUGGGAUCUCAAAUCCGCAGUAUGAUUCUGAUGGUGACAGGACACCUACUGGUGCACCUGCUAUAAGUGGAAUUACUGACAGUUGUCCGGGUGCUCCCAAGAAGACUACCAGAAAAUUCAUAAACAUUGAGAAGGGGUUGUGCAAGAAGCUUGAGUUUUGAUGUUUUCUUUGUGCAAGAAGAUUGCACCGUGACAUGGUGAAGAUGUAUGUGCCGUCCGCCUUUUGUUCAGUUGCAUUACCCUUGUAAGUCAUACAACAUGAACAUGUUUAGCUUUUAGUAAUAAUAUACUUUUUAUGGUCUGAUUUAGUAAUUUUACCCGCAAGUGCCCAUCUUCUGCUGCUGGAACUAGGCAUCUGUACAAUGUAACUUUAAAUUCGAAUUGAAUUGCCUUCUAUUAUUGAAAAGAUGGAAUGUUGUUGCUGGUAA